AAGCUAGUAUCAACAUCCGGCUGUGACGCGCUGCGGCGGCCCCUGGGUGCCUCCACCAGGGGUCAGCAGAGCGGAACAGCACGUCCAACACAGCUGCAAACACAGGUACAGUGUGCUUCUCCAGUCAGUGAACGCUUCCCGUCAUUCUUUCUCUGAGGCUGAAGGGAGGAAAAAGGGGAGGGAACUGCACAAACCCCUCAGUGUGGAAAGCACUCAGUGUCUCGCCUCAUCAUGGCUUCAUCUGCUGUCCUGAUCCUGGCAGCCCUCCUUGGAUCCUGCAGUACAUUUACAGAUGCUGUUGGAGUAGCUGUGCGACAAAAUGAAUUUUCAUCAGAGGAGUCAGAAACCUACAUGUCCAUAUUCUGCUCACCACUGCCUGACCGUGUGUCCCCAACAUCUUCAGUCCAUGCUCUCAGACCUGAUGAUGUUGCCGCUGUCUACACUUUGGGCAUGCCACUUUCAAAGAGGAAUGAAGCACCCAGAAUUGUCAGCAGACUAGCUGAGUUGCUUUCCAUGUUUAGUCCUGAGGUGAUCACUCAACAUGUGGAUCAGACCUCAGUGCAGCCCAGGAGUUUAUUGGAGGAAGCUGAGGAACUCUCUCUCUCUCUUUCACAUGAGGUGACAGACUGGAAGCUCGUGCUGCUGUUCGCCCCGACAGAUUCAAUGUGUGCCUGUUCGCCAAAUGUUGCUGCAGACGUGCAAGCCGUCGUACAGGAAGUGGAAGCAGCUCUGGAAAUACUGCAGAAAAGGUUGCAUCGCACUUUAGUUCAUGUGGUGACGUGGAGCGAGUAUCAUCAAGACAAGUGUGAGUGUAUGAAGAACAAAAACAUUAACCGUGGUCUAUAUAAAGCAACUCUUCUGAAAACACUGCAGGACUCUCUAAGUCAUGUCUUGGACAAUCCAAAGUGGCACAGCGAAGGUGUAGACUUCACUGUUGUCCUGCAGCCUGAGCCAGUUAUCCUUGAACCUAAGUCAGACUCUGAAAACCCGCUGUCUGACCUUGACCAAUUAGCUAAUCAGAUAUGGACAAACCUGCUUCAGCCGUCACAAGGCCAGGCCGAGGUCAUGGAGGCCAGUGUCUUCCUUUUUCCUUGCCCUACUCAGGAGCGACCUUUCCUGCGGACACAGAUAAAUUCCCCCACUGAGAAAGAGGUCCCCGUGGCAACUGAUCCUAUUAUGGGUACUGAGAUGCCUUGCACAGAUCGCAGUCCAUCUCCUACUACACCCACUUCAGUCCAUGAACUCAGACCUGGAGACAUCAAGGUUGUGGCAGCAGUGGGGGAUUCUCUGACAGCAGCCAAUGGUGUGGGUGCAAAAGUCGACAACCUUCUGCUGGUGAUAAAUCAGUACCGAGGGCUGUCAUGGAGCAUUGGUGGUGAUGAAAACAUAACCACUGUGACCACAUUGCCAAACAUCCUGAAGGAGUUUAAUCCCUCCGUGACUGGAUUCUCAACGGAAAUCUGUAGCCAAGACCAGCCUGCAUCUUUUCUCAAUCAGGCUGUGCCAGGAGCAAAGAGUGGUAACAUGGUCGAACAGGUGCGCGUCCUGGUGGACAAAAUGAAAACUGAUUCGCGCAUUGAUUUCCAGAACGACUGGAAAGUGAUCACCAUGUUCAUUGGUGGCAAUGACAUAUGUGACUACUGCACAGACAGCGUGCGUUUGUCAGCCAGGAAUGUGGCCGUUCGUAUCCAAGAAGCUCUUGACAUACUCCAUAAGGAGGUGCCUCGUGCUAUGGUGAAUCUGGUCGAGAUGUUGAACAUUUUACCACUGCGUGACGUGCACAGUGAUAAAACUCUCGGCUGUCCCACCUGGUUUGUAAAUUUAGUCUGCCCCUGCGUUCUGAAGCCUAAAGAUGGAUCGGUUGAACUCCAGCAGGCCGAACGCGUCAGCAGAGCAUAUCAGCUUGCCAUGAGACAGCUAGUUGAUUCUGGGAGAUAUGAGACACAUGACAACUUCACUGUAGUGUUGCAGCCCUUCUUCAGAGAAGUUUUCCUCCCCUAUACAGAGGACGGACGGCCUGAUCGUACGUAUUUCUCACCUGACUGUUUCCAUCUCAGCCAGAAAGCUCACACUCUCAUGGCUCGUGCUCUUUGGAAUAACAUGCUGGAGCCAGUGGGCAACAAGACUUUUGAACAAGACUUCACAGAAGGCAUUGAGCUGAAAUGCCCUUCUGAGGCCAACCCAUACUUCAGGACUUCUGUCAAUAGCGACUACACUUUUCCUGGUCCUCCACCCACUCCUCCUUCAGUUACAAACUGGGGCAGCGACUUCUUGUGCGCUAACACAGCUCCAUCCAACUCUGUGCCCACUUCAGCUCAUAGGGUUCGACCAGCUGAUAUCAAGGUAGUGGGCGCUGUAGGAGACUCUUUGACAGCCGCCUUUGGUGCGAGGGCUGAAACUCUGCUGCAGCUAAGAACUGAGUACAGAGGAGUGUCAUGGAGCAUCGGAGGGGAUGACAGUCUUGAAACAGUCACAACGUUACCCAAUAUCCUUAAGAAGUUCAACCCUACAAUCAAAGGAAUGUCAAAGGGAACAGGGAAAAAUGAGACUGGCUUUAACAUGGCUAUAUCGGGUGCUAAAAUAGCAGGAAUCCCAGGGCAGAUUCGAACCUUGAUUGAUACCAUGAAAAAUGAAUCUACGGUGGAUUUUCAGAAUGACUGGAAGCUUGUGACCAUCUUCAUCGGAGGCAAUGACCUGUGUCAGUACUGCAACGACCGGGCCACCUUUUCACCUCAGAACUUCAGCAAUCACAUGAUGGCAAGCUUGGAUCUCCUGUACCAAGAGGUUCCCAGAGUGAUUGUCAAUGUGUUGGAGAUCCUGGAAAUUGAAGGCCUUCGCAGGAUUAAAAGAGACAGUCUCGGGUGCAAUGUGUUGCAACCGUUCAUCUGUUCAUGCUUCCUUUUACCGGGAGAGGAUUCACCAGAACUGGCUGAAAUAAAAUGGUUUAAUCGGGAGAUACAGGUCAGGACUGAAAGACUGGUGUACUCAGGCCGCUAUGAUGGCAGAGAGGAUUUUGCUGCGGUUGUCCAGCUUUUUAGAAACACCAUCGUUCCUGUGACCGCUGAUGGCUAUCCUGAUGACAGCUACUUCUCUGAGGACUGUUUCCACUUCAGUGAACGGGGACAAGCUGAGAUGGCCAUAAAUCUGUGGAAUAACAUGCUGGAACCAGUGGGUGAAAAGCAGUCAUACAACGUUUUCACAAAUGCCAGAGAUCGCAUCAAGUGCCCAACUGAGGAGCAUCCUUACAUCUUCACAAGGGUGAACAGCUUGCCAGAAUCGACCACCGCAAGGCCCUCGACGGCCACCUCCACUGCAAGGCCCUCGACGACCACCUCCACUACAAGGCCCUCGACGACCACCUCCACGACAAGGCCCUCGACGACCACCUCCACUACAAGGCCCUCGACGACCACCUCCGCCAAACCUCUCCCCCCAGAUUGCUCGAACACAGUGCCAGUGUGGCUCGCUGCUGUGCUGGCUGUUGUCGGCCUUCUAAUAGGCUGCGCUGCCACCUGGCUCCUCCUCUUCUACAUAGCCAAGAGAAAGAGUAAGAAGACGAAGUUGGCUACAGUAGAGAUGAAGGGCACAGGGUUUUAAAGUGCUUUUUAUUGUGUUUUUGUGUGUUACGAUUGAAGGAAAAAAUGAAGAAAGACAAAACAGCAUUGACAACAUUUAAAAUCAAUGUUGCUGGUGAGGCAGUUUUUCAUAAAACAUCAUGAUGAAUAUAUGAUGGCUUGGUCUUCUAUCAUGACUACUACAAAUAUUUUUUUAAUCCUUUAACUUACAAAAAUAUUACUGGGUGCAAAGGUAGAAAAUAUACACCAGCCUGUACGUAAAGAAAGCAAUAAUUAAGAAAUUUGAAUGAGACUCUGCUGUUAGUCCUGCAUUAAAAAUGAAAAUGUUUAUAGUGAGGUGUGUAUUUAAAUGUUGUAGCUGGUCUAACAACUAAUUUAAUGAACCAAUAAAAUCACUAACCACUACAAAUGAGUGGAUUUCUUCUGAAAAAAAAUAUAGAAUGCAUUCACUGACUGCACAUUAAGUUAUUACUGCUUUGUAUAUUUACUUUGAUUCAAAUGAAGAUAUGUUUAAAUGCACUGGGAUGCUUUUAGCCAACAUUGUGAGAUAAAUGUGAUGUAAAUGCAGCAUACUUGCCUCAUAACUAAAUUAAGUUACUCUUUCUGUAUCUAAAAAAUGUACAUUUGUGGUAUUGGGAAAGACAAUGUAAUUAUGCAGCUUUUCUUUUUUUUUUUUCUGUUGAAAUAAAGUACAAUUGCCUUUGA